AUAUAUAUCUUAAAUAGGAACAAAACUAAAAGUAAUAGCUUUACUAUAAUGCCUAAUAAGGACCUAGAUUAUAGUGGCUUUCUUAUACCUAUUAUUAUCUUAGUAAGGAUAAUAAUUACUAAGGUAACUUUUUAUUUUAUCUUUAAGUAG